GCGGAGGCUGGGUGGUAGGGUGUGCGAUGCUGAUGGGCACGCGCGCGCGCGCGCCGGCCGCUGAGUUCCUUUGGGGAGUAGGGGAGCUCCAGGCACCAACCCGCACGCGCCGUCCGGGGCCGCGCGCGAGACCAAAGGUGGUGCGGCGUGUUUGGUAUUCCGGGCGCGGCGCGCGAGGCGUCACUCCCAGGGUGCAGGCCCCCCGCCGUCCUCCACACCCUCCCGCCUUCCCCGUUCGGUCCCUGUGUAGUUCCCGCGCCCCCACGUGCGCGUACUGAGCAAGGGUGGGGGCUUGAGGGGUGGUACGAGACAAAAGGGCGCGGGGUUCAGCCCGCCAUGGCCUCCCGGAGCCUGGGGGGCCUGAGCGGGAGUCGCGGCGGCUCCAAGAAGAGCCUGAGCGCCCGCAAUGCUGCGGUGGAGAGGAGGAACCUGAUUACUGUGUGCAGGUUUUCUGUGAAGACCCUGAUUGAUCGAUCCUGCUUUGAGACAAUUGAUGAUUCUUCUCCUGAAUUUAACAAUUUUGCAGCUAUUUUGGAACAGAUUCUAAGUCACCGGCUCAAAGAGAUUUCCCAAAGUUGCAGAUGGCUGGCUCAUCUCCAAAUACCACUUCAAGGUCAGAUAACCUGGUUUGGUUAUGAGAGUCCUCGUAGCUUCUGGGACUAUAUCAGAGUGGCUUGCCGGAAAGUUUCACAGAAUUGUAUCUGCAGCAUUGAAAAUAUGGAAAAUGUCAGUUCCUCAAGAGCUAAGGGUAGAGCCUGGAUCAGAGUAGCACUCAUGGAAAAACAUUUAUCUGAAUACAUCUCUACAGCUCUGAGAGACUUCAAAACAACCAGGAGAUUUUAUGAAGAUGGAGCAAUUGUGUUGGGUGAGGAAGCAAAUAUGCUUGCUGGCAUGCUGCUUGGACUCAAUGCUAUUGAUUUCAGCUUCUGCCUAAAGGGAGAAGGAUUGGAUGGCAGUUAUCCUGCUGUAAUAGACUAUACGCCAUAUUUGAAAUUUACCCAAAGUUCUGAUAGUAUCAGCAGUGAUGAGGAAGAGCUAAGGACAUUGGGAAGCAGCGGCAGUGAAAGCAGUACUCCAGAAAAUGUCGGACCUCCUUUCAUCAUGGAUGAAAAUAGUUGGUUCAACAAGUGUAAGAGAGUUAAACAAAAGUAUCAACUUACCCUGGAACAGAAGGGUUACCUUGAAGAACUCUUACGGCUUCGAGAGAACCAAUUGUCUGAAUCUGUCUCCCAGAAUAAAAUACUACUUCAAAGGAUUGAAGAUUCUGAUCUGGCCCAUAAACUGGAGAAGGAACAACUGGAAUACAUAAUUGUGGAGCUUCAGGAUCAGUUGACUGUGCUAAAGAAUAAUGAUUUAAGAUCAAGACAAGAGUUAACUGCCCACCUCACCAACCAGUGGCCUUCCCCAGGAGCUCUGGAUGUCAAUGCUGUUGCCUUGGAUACGUUGCUUUACCGAAAACACAAUAAACAGUGGUAUGAGAAAAGUUAUCCAAGUCUUGACCAGUUAUCAACAGAAGUUAGUCUUUCUCAGUCUUCACUGGAUCCAGGCCAAUCACAAGAAGGAGAUGGAAAACGAGACACACUAAAUUUAAUCAGUGAAGGUAAAGAAGACACACCCUCAUUACUUGGUCUCUGUGGGUCUUUAACGUCAGUGGCAAGCUACAAGUCUCUAACAAGCCUAAAAUCUAAUGACUACCUUGCAAGUCCUACAGCAGAGAUGACAAGUCCAGGCCUAACUCCAUCAUGAAAAAUUUUAUUUAAAAGCAGAAGAUUUUAUGUUGUAAAUGUACAGUUUACACAAGUUUGACUGCUGGGAAGACUGUUGAAGUUUUAUAUUGUUCUGGCACAUGUUUGAAAUUCUAUCACUGAAAUUAAGAGUUCAGUCUACUCCUUGUAAAAUUCUGAUUGAAAACCAAUGAUCUUGCCAUUUUUCAUUUUGAAAAUUCUCAUUAUUUGCAUUGAGGAAUGUCAUUCAAGUAGUUUUAAAAGUGAAUAGACUUCUAAAAAAGCUUUCAAAGAUCCUCCAAAUUAAUAAUCCAUUGCAAACUGUACAUAUUUAUUAUUCAGCUUAUUUUCAUGUAUUUGUUUAAAUAUAUUUUAGUCACCAGAGACUGAGUUCAAGUUUCUUUCUGGAGACUUAGGCUAAGUAUUUCAUUUUGCUCUUUUAUUCAAUGAUUGGUUUUUUAAAAAUGGCUAAAAAUUUUCAUUUUCUCAAUUUCUUCCUAGGUUCUAAUAUUUAAAUGCCUCCUUUUUAAUAUGAAGCUAAGGUCCUCAGCUGUUGUUUCAUAGUGGCUUAUUCAGUUUUUCUUUAUCAUUUUGAAUCAGCUUAACAUUCCACUUAACAUUUUAUAUAUUUUGUAGGACUGUGCCUUUUUAGGCAGUUACUAAUGAAUUUGUUAAGGUAGGGAAUGUAUUUUACAGUAUUUUAGGCCCUUUAGGUAAACUAAAAACCAAAUUUCUUACCUUUGUUUUCCCAAGAUUUUCUUAAAAGGUUAUUGAUUUAAAAAUAUGAUCAAGUAUGCCUCGAACAUUGAAAACAGUAACAAAAGUUCAAAAAGUAUUUAUCAGGAAAGAUUUCAAAUCUUUAGAUUAGAUAACUGGAGGUAUGGAAAAUGGAAUUUAAAGCAAUCUUAUGAAAUUAGGGAUUCACAAAGUUUAAGGAUCAGUAGGGUCAUCACCAUACUUAAUAAAUAUAUCAGACACAAAGUGCAUUAUUUUUUCUUUCAUGUCUACCAAUAAAUUAUGUAUAUUUUACAGCCUCUGUCGUUAAUUAUGCCAUUAUCCCAUCUUACAACUAAUGCAAAUGUUAAAAAUCUCUACACUUUUGCAGGUAAUAUAUUACUUUUCUUCUUUAAAAAGCUAUGAUCUGUAUUUUAAGUCUUUUUGCAACAACUGCAAAUAAUGUGUCCCUAAAAAUUCUACCACACUGAGAGAAAAUGUGUGAAGCAUAUUUUCUACAGUAAAUAAGAUGAGGAAAACAUGAUUAGUUGUGCCAAAGAAGUUUUAUACAUUGUUUAUACGAAGAGGCUACAAUAUGUAUAAUACUUCAAUAUGUAUAACAGGGGACUUAAUAUGCUAUGUUUAUUAAUAAAACAUUACAUUCAAGCUUAGAAGCUUUGACAUAUAGGAAGAAUGUUCCUCCUCAAAACAAUUUGAGAGGAGACAAAAAAGAAAGUUCUGAACUUACCACAUUCAUUCUUUGUAUUAGAAAUGUAGGAGUGUGGUGGUUCCCUGCAAGGCUGAAAGAAUUUAAGAUAAUAAAUAGUAGUAAGUCUAGUCUUAUUUAUAAAUAAUACAAUGCAAACCAUGUCAUUUCAGGGAUAAAGGAGACCCGGAAGUCCUUAAAGUAAGUUCUAUCUUGUAUGUGCCAGAACUUACUCAGAGCUUUUUUCCUUUAGCUUAAGGCUUUGUUACAUGUAGAAAUGCAAAUAUACUUGAGAAAGGGUACCUUUAAUCUAUUCUCAGUCCUGUAUAGCUUAUUGUAAGUGAGGUAUCCAAAGCAGUUUUUAAUCAGCAUGAAGGAUGGAAAGAAGGUAUGCAAUGGGAGCACUGCUAACUUUGAGAAGGGAGGAAGGAAAUGGAUGGGGAAUAGAACAGUGAAGCAAAAACACAGGAACAAAAACCAUACUUCAAAAAUUUUAGAUUGGCUUGAGCAGUAUUGCUGAUUUCCUAAGAACUAUCAGAAUGUUUAAAGGCUUUAUCAUUCAUGGCCCACUCUCAAUUGACAUUUAUAAUCCCUUAGUUAAAAGAAAAUUAUUUUUUUCCAUACAUUUUUAUAAUAUAGAAAGGAAAUUCAAGGUUGCAUAAUUGAUAAUUUUUUUCAGGUUUAAUAUAUGCAGUACUUGUACAUCAUCUUACUACCAUGCUGCUAAAUGCAGAUUUAAACAUGACAUCUGAGAAUCAUGACUUUUCCUCAUUUCUUGGAGCUCUUGGUAUAAAAAUUCAUCUCCAAUUGUGAAGUUCAGGUUUCUACACAGUUCAUUUUACACUAAUUAUAGUUUGUUAAUGUUUGCAUGAGGAAACAAUGUAUGUCUCAAUCUUCAAUUUUAGGAGAUAGUGUUUACUGUACCAAAAAAAGAAUGCUGAAUUAUAUGCUGAUAUCUCCAUGUGUAUUUUGUUGCUUUGAUGUACUGUAUUUGUUGCAUGUGUAUUAAACAUUUUGUACCUCCAA